AAUUUAUUAGUAAAUCAAUCAAAUGAUUUAUUAUCGAAAAUUAUUAUUAUCGACAAUGAUCAUCAUUAUCAUCAUCGUAAACGACGAAAACAUCGAUCUAAAUUAACAAUAACUACAAAGGCAAUGAUGAUGAUGAUGAUGAUUAAGAAAAUUGUGAUCAUAAUGAUCAUCAUACAAUCAUCAACAACAAUAAAUCGUUUGCCAAAUACUGUGAUGGCCAUCAAUUUACAUUUACAACAACAACAACAACAAUUAUCAAAUGAUGAAUAUAUUCAAUCAACAACAACGAUAUCGACAACAUCAUUACAACAACAACAGAAUAAUAAUCAAAAUUGUAAUAUAAUAUGUCAAUGUAAAUGGAAAUCUGGUAAAGAAACGGCCAACUGUGAUCAUCGUUCAUUACAAACAAUACCAACAGGUCUUUCAUCAACAAUACAGGUGAUUGAUCUAAAUGGUAAUAUGCUCAAUAAACUUCCUGCCAUGAUUUUUGUUAAACGUGGUCUAUUAAAUCUACAACGUAUCUAUAUGGCCAAUUGUCAUUUAGUGGAAAUAUCGGCCGAGAGCUUUAUAAAAUUAUCCAAUCUUAUUGAGCUUGAUUUAUCAAAUAAUUCAUUGACAACAAUACCAUCAAGAUCAUUAGCUGAAUGUCAUGGUUUACGACGAUUAUCAUUAUCCGGUAAUCGUAUUAGUAAUGUAAAAAGUCGUUCAUUUUUACCAUUAACAAAUUUAAAUUGGUUGGAUCUUUCCAAUAAUGUGAUCUAUCAUCUUGAUAUGGAUGCCUUCAUUGGUUUACGUUCAUUACAAGUUUUAAAAUUACAAUCAAAUCAUUUACAAACAAUACCAUCAUCACAAUCAUUUGUACAAUUUUUAUCGAUAAGAAUUUCAUUAGAUCUUUAUGAUAAUCAAUGGCGUUGUGAUUGUCAUUUAAAACCAUUUCGUGAUUGGAUUAUUACUAAUCAAAUACCGAUGACAAUUAAACCUGUUUGUUAUAUGCCAACACGUUUACAAGGCCAAACUUGGGAUACAAUUUCAACGGAUGAUUUUAGCUGUCCACCAACUAUCAAUACGGUCAAUACACAUUAUUAUAAACAUAUUGGUAAUAAUGUAACGAUACCAUGUUCGGUUAGUGGAUUUCCAUUGCCACAAAUUUAUUGGCUAUUUGAAUCGACCGGUAUGGGACAAACAACAAUCGAAUCGAUUAAAGAUUCUGAUAUUGAUGAAGAUGAUGAUGAUGAUAAUGAUGAUGAUGGUAAUAAUAAUGGUAAUAAAUCAACGCUGAUCAAUAAUGAUAAUGAAUAUGAUGAUGUUGAUCGAUUACAAUAUAAUCAACAACAUGAUCAUAAUCAUAAUCAUCAUCGACAACUAUUACCAUCAUCAAGAUAUUCAAUUGUACAGGAACGUGAACAAAUGGGUAUUGUUAUCAGUAAAUUAACUGUACAUUCAUUACAACCAAUCGAUACACAACGAAUAACGUGCUAUGCACGUAAUGUUGGUGGUUCAAUAAUGAAAAAUUUUACAUUAAUUGUUUCUACACAGGAACCAUUUAGUUCAUCACGUUCAAUGGAUCUUUUAGUAUCAGAAUUUAUGUUAAUUGUUGUUGCAAUUUGUAUAUUACUUAUGUUAUUAAUGUUAUUCCUAUUUGUCGUGAUAUUUCGAAGAAAAUCCAAUUCAUCUGCAAUUAUCAAUAAUAAUAAUAAUAGUGGUGGUCCUACAAACCAUGUAACCGAUUCAUCACAAGCACCAGAACCGAAUCGUUUACAAUUAAAUGAUGAUGAUUAUCGAAUGAUCAAACCAUCAAUGAUUAAUGGUAAUGGUAAUGGUGAUGUGCUUUCAAAUAAUAUCCUAAUGAAUGGCAGUAUUAUUGGUGAUGAAAAAUCUAUAUUUCUUGAUCAUAAUAAUCAUCAUCAUCAACCUACCUUUCUUCAACCUUAUCAUCACCAUCAUCAUCCACAUAAUGAUAAUGAAACAACAACACCGGCCAAUAUUUUAAUGGUAAAUACAAUUGAUAUGUUAGCUGCUGCUGCUGCAUUAUCAAAUGGAAAUACAAUCUUAUCUGCUGAUCCAAGUAUUUCAACUGAUCUAUCAUCACAAUCAACAACAGCAACAUCGAUGAAUGGUAAUGUUGUCAAUAUUCAUCCACAUCAUCAACAACAGAAUUCAACAGAUUCAAGUGUAAAUAGUCAACAGCAAUCAUAUUUUCCAUUCGAUACAACGAUAACAUCAUCAUCAUCAUCACCACAACCCUCAACGAUACAACAGUUACCUCCAUCAUUUUCUUCACAUCAACCGGAUAUACUUGUUUCAUCGAAUGCCUAUUAUCUUGCUCCAUCCAGAUCAUUAUCAUCAUCAACAGCGAUGAUGACAACAACAUCAACAACAACAACAACAACAGCAACAGCUACACAAUUUCCAUUAUUAAAUUCUGGUCCAUUAUUUCAUAUGACCAAUUCAAAUGAUAAUAAUAAUCAUAUUAUUUAUGGUACAACACGUAUUGCACCAACACGAAUGAUUACGAAUAAUUUAGCCAUCGCUGCUAAUAAUAAUAAUAAUGUAAUACAUAAUUCUUCAUCAAAAAUAACUAAAGUAAAAUUUGCCGAUGAAUUUGAAUCAUCAUCAUCAUCAUUAUCAUCAUUAGAUCAUCGUUCAAUGAUUAUUUCAUCACCACAACAACAAUCAUCACAAGAAUCACAAUCAAUAUCGAAUAAUAAUCAACCAUAUACGACCAUAGGAACAACAUUACGACGAUCAUCAACAAUGAUGGAUAAUAAUAAUAAUCUAUCAAUGAAUAAACCAUUAGGUAUUGGUCAUCGAAAUAUAUCAUCAUAUCCAGAAAGAUUACGAUUAAUUGAAUCAUCAGUUGAUUCGGGUGAACCAAUACGUGUUACCAAUGAUAAUGAAAAUCAUAUUGAUGAAACUGAAGAGGAUGAUUAUUAUCAACAGCAACAACAACAACAACAACAUCCAGAUUCAUCAGAGAUUUAGUUUCAAUCAAUCAAUCAAUCAUGAUUAU